UCGGGAGCCGCCGGGGCCGCAGCAUGGGGCGCUUCCGCGGGGGCCUGCGGUGCAUCAAGUACCUGCUGCUCGGCUUCAACCUGCUCUUCUGGCUGGCAGGCUCAGCCGUCAUUGCGUUUGGACUAUGGUUUCGAUUCGGAGGCACCAUAAAGGAUUUAUCAGCAGAGGACCAGUCCCCAGAAUAUUUCUACAUGGGCCUGUAUGUGCUGGUUGGAGCCGGCGCCCUGAUGAUGGCUGUGGGGUUCUUUGGAUGUUGCGGAGCCAUGCGGGAAUCACAGUGUGUGCUGGGAUCAUUUUUCACCUGCCUACUAGUGAUAUUUGCUGCUGAAGUAACUACUGGAGUGUUCGCUUUCAUAGGCAAGGGUGUAGCCAUCCGACACGUUCAGACCAUGUAUGAAGAGGCCUAUAAUGAUUACCUGAGAGACAGGGCAAGGGGGAAUGGCACGCUCAUGACCUUCCACUCAACAUUUCAGUGCUGUGGAAAAGAAAGCUCUGAGCAGGUACAGCCCACAUGCCCAAAGGAGCUUCCUGGCCACAAGAAUUGCAUUGACGAAAUUGAAACCAUAAUCAGCAUAAAGCUUCAGCUCAUUGGAAUUGUUGGCAUUGGAAUUGCAGGACUCACGAUCUUUGGCAUGAUAUUCAGUAUGGUCCUCUGCUGUGCGAUACGAAACUCUCGAGAUGUGAUAUGACAGCACUACUUCCACACAAAAGCCACAACCCGGAAUCUUGCUACUACAUGUCACCGUGGCUGUCUUCCAGCUCAUUUUAACAAUUCAAAGUACGUUAGGUUCUAAAAGAAUUUGCUGUUUGUUGUACAUUUGCACAUGUGUGUAUGUUUGGCUCUUACCCAUUUGCCCCUUGAGUGAGUUCCUAUGUGUGUUGACUGAGUGCCUAUUCACAUGUGAUUUGAGUGUUUCUGGUAUAUGCAUUACACACAACAAGAUUUGUUUGCUGGGAAUUUCUGAUUCUUGUUAUCUAAGAAGAAUAACCUUUUUAACUAGCAGGGAAAAAAAAUCCAAAAAAAGUCUUGAGAAACUUUUAAUAGUUGGUUAUUCAAAGAAAGUUGAUAACACAUCAGCUUCUCAGAUCAUAGCCAUAGGAGGUUAGAUACAGAGAAUCCAGGGGUUUCUAGUCAGUGCAAGCAACAGGCUACAGCCGUGCAGACCUGAUGCAGAGUCAGGACUGCCUGUGUCCAAGUUGCUGUAGUAGUUUCCUAGGGUGCUUCCAUGUACAUGCUCUCCCUUCCCAGAAUACAAUCAAUGAUAGUUUUAGAACUAAACACAUCUGCAUAACUAAAUACAGCAUGGAAAAUCUAAUUUGAAUAAGUCAUGCUUUCCUAGUAUUUAAAAACACAAACCUCCCUCUGGAAAGAGUACUUACUCAGACAAUCAUGUAUCCUGUAAGAGUCAGUGCUUUUUGGACUUACACACACACACACACACACACACACACACACACACACACACACACACAAGUGAACCCCAGGCAGAGUCGUCUUACACAAAGACAUGUAAAUAUUGAUUGCUUUGAUUUUUCCUUUUAUGGAUCUGAUCUGAACUACUGCCACCCUCACAUCCUCAAAGGGCUUUUUUUUCCUUAGAUUCUUCUCUGUUUCUCCAAAUGGAAGAGCAGAAAAACUAAAGCAAGAGAUCUGGCAGUUGCAAAUUGCAAGAAAGAGAAUUUUUCCUGGCAUUGUAUCUCUGAAAUACCUCAUAACUCAAGUUUACAUAUUUUCCUGAUUUUUUUCUAUUUUUCCUAUUUAUUCACCUAGGGAUUUCUCCUUUGUAGAAUAAGAGCUGAAGUUUUUGCCACCCAAAACAAUUAAAACACAGUACUUAAUAAUUCAAGUAUUAUAUUAUGAGAAUUUUUGACCAAGUUAAAAAAAUUAUCUUAGUUGUUUGCAUGGCACAGAUGCAGGUUAAGGAAACAAAAAUCGUUUUCUGCAUACAUCACACACACACACACACACACACACACACUACAAUGUGUUCUUUCUGUGCAAGUCCUCCAUGAAAGUAUACCUUUGUUUUAUUUUUUUCUCUUAGUACUUGGUUUUGAACACGUAAACCCACAGUUAGAAACUAAAGGAGAGUAUUUAUCAAUAGUCUUUGUAACCUGUUAUUUUAAUACAACCUGGAUUUUUUUAUUGCAUUUUAAAAUACCACACAAAAGUGAAUGUGUAGGGGGGCUUCGGAACUCUCCAAGUGUGCCUCUUCCAUGUGUCUCACUCCCACAGAGAACCGCAUUGCUUGUUCCGCCAGGCUUGUUACCGCUACACACUGAAUGAUGCAUGGCUACUUCACUGUGUCUAUAGACACAAUUAAAAGACAAAAAUCACUUCAUGAAAUAGAUAUUUGUGCCCCCCGCCCCCAGAGCUGACAAAUGCAGUCUGUAAAGUAAAGGACAGUCAGUCCAUCUCUUAAUAGCUUUAGUUCAUCCGCCUCCCUGGAGGCUGGGUUAGGCCCAAGCGAAUACUCAGGUUCUUUCCAGCUCAGAAUUAGCUCUGUUCUACAAAAGAGAGCUUCAUUUCCUCUAGGAGUGAGUAACCUUAAAGAAGUCCAAAAUAGUGAAAAGUAAAAUAAUAGAAAUAAAUUCAUUUUUUAAAAUAUUUUUAAGUGGGAGAGUAAGGAUCUAUUCCAGAGAUAAUUAGCAUGGCCCUCUUGGAAGUGAACUUUCCAGAAUAUGUGCCAUGGGUAGAGGUUUAGAAUUCCACCACGGCAUGCGAGUAGAUUUUAUAUUUGCACAUUCACAGAGAUCAGAUAAAUAAAUAUGUGCGUGUGUAAGUAUAUAGAUACAGGCCUAUCUAUAUAGAGAUCUAUAACCCCUAUAUAUCUUGAAUAUAUAUAUAUCUUGAAUACAUAUAUGUUGAAUAUAUACAAAUGUUAUCUGAAUAUAUGUAUACACAUUUGUGUGUGUAUGUAAGCGUGUGUGUGUAUGUAUGUGUGUGCACAUACACAUAUAUAUAUAUAAAUUUUGGGUUGUUUGUUUUUCUGAACUAAUUUUGUGAGAGAAGCCCCAAACAUUUUCUUAGCCCUGUACUGCCAAGGCACCAAAUUGAAACUUCUUAAUGAUGAAAUACUUUAUUUCAAAUUAAAUUUUCUAUGUAC